AUGGCUUCGUCCAUGUCACCAAAUCAGACCCCUCCGGCAAGCCUUAUUGGCGGGCCUUCGGACCAGGAUAAAAGUCCUCUGUCGUCUCUGAAUCUGAACUUUCUCAAAACAUUGACUGAAAAGAGGACCACAAAGGACGGACAGCCACAAAAGCGGAGGGGGCCGAAGCCAGACAGCAAGCCAGCCCUGACAAGGCGACAGGAGCUAAAUCGACAGGCGCAGCGAACGCAUCGAGAGCGCAAAGAACUGUACAUCAAAGCUCUCGAGGACGAAGUGCUCCGGCUCAAGGAAGUUUUCAGUAACAUUUGCCAAGACAAGGAGCGGCUCGUCGAAGAGAAUCGCCAACUCAGGGCUUUGCUCUCUCAAAAUGGAAUGGCUACCGGAGUUGUGACUGGUGCUAGUAGCGUGGUAGACGAGACGACGAGCAAUCCGAGCAUCGGCUACACGUCGAGUGCGAGCAUGUCGGGCGGCUAUGUCCCGGCAUCCAGCAACACGAGUCUCUUCACGCCGCCACCACUGUCUGCGAAUGCCAUGAGCCAGCGGGGCGGAGGCAUCUCGCCGAGCAGCGCGACCUCGGCGCACAGUCACCACCACAACCAACCACGUCAGCCGGGACGGAAUCCAAAUCUGGAUUAUGACCAGGCCGGCAUCGACUUUGUGUUAACUCUUGAGAAGCCAUGUAUGAACCAUAUGCCGUGGCUCAUAGAGCGAGGCGUCGAGACGGGCCAUGAGCCGUGUGGGCACGCCCUCAUGGCCUCCUGCCCGCCAGAGCCGUUUUCCGACCUGAGCGCCGACGUGCCGUUCGGCUACAGCAAUAUUAGGGCCAGCAACAAUAAGCCCAGCACACUGGACGUCGCCACCGGGGUCGCCCAACGCACGUGGGAACUGAACAAGACGGAUUUGGCCACGCUCUUGGACCUGAGCAAGCGGCUCGACCUCGACGGCGAAAUCACCCCGGUCAUGGCCUGGGGGAUGGUGCUUGCGCAUCCUAGGCUGAGCGAGUUGAGGGAAGAGGAUUUUGUGAGGCUAACGGAGGAAUUGAGCAGCAAGGUUCGAUGCUACGGCUUCGGUGCCGUGAUGGAGGAGUUUGAGGUACGGGAUGCACUGGAGAGCAUCUUUGCGGCCAAGGCGGAAUUAGGCGUGGGCUAUUGA